AUCAUCGGAGGAAUCUGCAGGGUGCGUUCUGUGCAUGAACCCGAAGCUGAGGAUAACAUAACCAUGUCAACUUCUAAUGGGAGACCAUUGAUGACCGUCGACGAUUAUCGAUGUCGAGCUCAAAAACUGAUGUCAUCCGAAGGCUGGUCGUUUUACAACGAUGCUUCUGGUCGGAGAUCGACAUACAACGAUAGCAUGGAAGCCUUUGAUCGUUACGUGAUUCGUCCUCGUAUUCUCCGUGACGUCACACACCGUACAUUAUCUACCACCGUUCUGGGCCAGCCAAUCAGCAUGCCUAUCUGCGUAGCACCAACAUCAUACCACCGAUAUGCACACACCUCGGCAGAAGUAGAAACGGCUAAAGGUGCCGCGGAUGCUGACACCCUAUUCGUAAUGUCAUGCUAUGCGAAUGCAUCCAUCUCUGAUGUUUCUCGGGCAGCUCCGGGAGGAUUAAAAUGGAUGCAGCUGUAUCUCUUUAAAGAUCGACGGAUCUCUGAACACGUGGUCAAGGAGGCCGAGAAAGAAGGAUUCAAAGCUAUCGUACUCACAGUCGAUCUUCCCUUUACUGGAAACCGAGCGUUCAGUCAAAAACGGCCGUCUGGGAAAUAUUACCAAGACCCCACUUUCCGGCCAGAAAACCUAGCGAUAGACAUACCCGAGAUUCAUAAAGCUAUUCAGUCCGGUGAUGUGUGCAUACGACGUUUCCUUGAAGAGCAGGGAGAAUCACCGCAGACCUGGGAUGAUGUAAGGUGGCUGAAGUCUAUAACCAAACUUCCUAUCGUUUUGAAAGGUAUACUAACAGGUGAGGCUGCCAGGGAAGCUGCUGAUGCUGGAGUUUCUGGAAUCAUUGUAUCAGCCCACGGGGGGAGGCAAAUCGAUGGAAUAUCCUCUCCGAUAGACGCACUUACGGAAGUGGUAUCAGCAGUCAAAGGUCGUGGAGUCGAGGUUUACAUGGACGGAGGGGUUAUGUCAGGAACCGAUGUCCUCAAAGCACUAGGACUGGGAGCACGGGCUGUACUGAUUGGGAAACCAGUGCUUUGGGCACUCGCUUGUGAGGGUUCUUCUGGUGUGAAGAAUGUGCUAUCCAUCCUUGGUGCUGAAUUGGAUUCUGCCUUGGCCAUCUCAGGAUGUACCAGUCCAAAUGAGAUUCCGUCGAAUCUGAUUGGUCGGAAAUCUUUACUCUGAGCUUGCCAUGGUUUCAUUUGAAAUACAAUCUCUGAUUGGCCAGGAAAUCUUUACUCUGAGCUUGCCAUGAUUUCAUCUGAGACACAAUCUCUGAUUGGUCGGGAAAUCUUUACUCUGAGCUUGCCAUGAUUUCAUCUGAGACAAAAUCUCUGAUUGGUCAGGAAAUCUUUACUCUGAGGUUGCCAUGAUUUCAUCUGAGACAAAAUCUCUGAUUGGUCAGGAAAUCUUUACUCUGAGGUUGCCAUGAUUUCAUCUGAGACACAAUGUACUCUGGGCGGACCGUGACUUCAUAUGAGACCUGUUUAACCAACAUGUUCAAAUUAUAUCCAUACUAAUAAACAAAUAUUGAUCUUAAUAACAAGUCAUGUAAUCUUGUCAGAGGCUUAACCCAAUUCCAAAUGUUUUAAUAUCAAAUGUUUAUAACAGUUUAAAGGAAUACCGUGGUACAGUGCAUGUUUAAAGGAAAACGAAACCCAUGGAACAAUAUAGCUUGUAUGGAAGUAGAAAAUGAAAGAAUAAGAUCAACGAAGGUUUUAGUUGGACAAACAUUACGAUAGUUACAUUUGAAUGUCUGGAUCACUAAUGCUGUAGGUUUGCUGAAGGUUUCCAUGGCAACGACGAAGAAGAAGAGUGUACAGUGCAUAUUACAUGUAAGUCAGGUUCAAUAUUAUAUCCAACUGUGGCUAUUACAAGCGGCAACAACAGAGAUAUCUCAUAAUCUCAAUAUUAUCUCUUUAAUUUAUACUUCCAAACAAUAUUUUUUCAUUUUUUAUUUCAAAGGAAUAGAUAGUAAUACAAGUACUCUAAUUAUUCAUUUAUACCUGGAAUAUAGUAGCUUAGUCCAAAUGUACUUUACAAAUCAGGUUUCAGAAGGUCAAUGUUUUGUUCAAUAUUUGGAGUUAAAAGCAAGGAAGAUUGAGAAAUCUCACAUCUGCCAUUUCAGAUAUUUUUUAAAGUCAUGGUUCCAAGUAGUGUUGAUAUUACUCUUUCAGAGUCAGGGCUCAAAAUCUCAAUGUCAUAUUCUAUGCUCGGAAUCAGAAACAAAUAUAAUGGAGGAGUCUCAAAAUUACUUUUCAAGGCUUUCAUUGAAGUCAUGCCUUCAAGCAAUUUUCAAAGUUUUUCUUCAAAAUGCGAAUUCUUUAUAUUUUGAAAGGAUUGAGAGUAACAUUUUAUUAUAGAAAAUUUAUACUUAAAAAGGUAUGCUUGUGAAAUUACAACCAGAACAAUAUAUUUUUUUAAGUUGUACAUAAUUUUUGAAGUGAACAUUUUGACUCUAGGAAUAACCAUACACUUUUCUGUUCAUAACCAUGUUCUAGUAUUUACAAAUGGAAUACGUGUAUCCCCACAUUAUGUGAUGAAGUUUAGCAGUAGCCAUUUCCAAUGCACUGGUAUGCCUGCCUGGUUGUUGAACAUUAGCUACCGUGUUUACACUUAAUCGGCAUUUGAAUCGGCUCGCGGUUCUGAACCGCGAGCCGAUGCAGCAUCGACUUUUUCAUAGCGUGUAAACGCGAGUAACUUGCAUCGGCUCGCGGUUCAGAACCGGCAAUUUGCACCACCAAAGUAGUAGGUUCAGAACCGCGAGCCGAUGCAGAAUCGGCUUUUUUACUACGUGUAAACAGAAAGCCGAUUCUGCACCGGCAAUUUGUGCGCAUUUCAUUUACUUUACCAUUGUGACGUAAUUGUAAGCGCACUGAUCCAGCGUUGUCUUUAUUAUGACGUAUAUUGUUGGUGUGCGUAUCAUUUCAGGUUUUUGCAUCGGCUCGCGGUUCUGAACCACGAGCUGUAACAACGUGUAAACGCAAACCAAAAGCCGAUUCUGCAUCGGCUGUUGGUUCUGAACCAAAUGCCGAUUAAGUGUAAACACGGUAUUUGUUAUGCAUAGUCCAUGUGAAAUUGACAUUCUGAAAUAUUUGGAGCCGCGAAACAUCUGUGUUAACAUGCCUUGCUACCUUACUCAAUUCAAAAUGAAUCAAAUGAAUUAUCCAACCACUCUCUUUUAUAGAUUUUGUAUGGAUGUCUUCAUAAUGUUGUUGUCAUUUGUUGACUGUAGCUAUUUACGAGUGAUUCUAUGACUGUGAAAGUAUUAUCUUUUAACUGCCGUGGACUAGGAAAUGCUACGAAACGAAGAGACAUCCUUGCAUAUAUAAAAUCUAAAGGAGCACAGAUAUAUUGUUUACAAGAUACACAUUUUGUUCCUGAAAUAUGUCUUUCAGUGAAGAGGGAGUGGUUGAGUAAAUGUUAUUUUUCCUCUAACAAUUCUCGCUCGAGAGGAGUAGCUGUUAUGUUUGACAAAAAUUUUGUGGUAGAAGUUAAAAAGGAAAAAAUAGAUGAGAAAGGUAAUUUUAUUAUACUGAGCCUUUGUAUUAGAACGUUGCAAGUAACAUUAAUUUCAUUAUAUGGUCCAAAUGACGAUACUCCUGUUUUUUAUGAUGAACUAAAAAGAUAUACCAUUGAGUUUGAUGACCCGCACAUAAUAAUGUGUGGGGAUUGGUGAUAGAACUAAAAAAUGAUUUGGAUGUGGUAGAUGUUUGGCGUGAACAUAAUGUAGGGAUUCGAAGUUAUACAUGGAGACAGCCUACUCCAUUAAAACAGAGUAGGCUUGAUUAUUUUUUGGUUUCCUCAGAUCUCUUUUCUUUAAUCACAAAAACAGAACAUUUGUUUGGAUAUAAAUCUGAUCAUUCUAUAAUCAGCUUAGAAUUUGAAUUAGAUAAGUACCAAAAAUGUUUUACUUAUUGGAAAUUUAACAAUGUUUUGUUGAAGGAUGAGGAAUAUGUGGACGUUAUUAAAAGAAAGAUAAGAGAAGUAGUAUUACAAUAUGCAGACGAAGAAUCUUUUCAAGGUAAAGAAUAUGAUGAGAUGAGAAAGGAAGAUAUUUUGUUUUCUAUCAAUGAACAGUUGUUUUUUUAUACUCUUCUCAUGGAGUUGAGAAGUUCUACUAUUUUAUAUUCGGUGAGAAGAAAAAGAGAGAAUAAGGAGGAAAAAAACAAGAUUGAGAAGGAAAUUUUGAAAUUAGAAACCAAUAUGAUAUCAGAGGAAAGAACCUCAACUAUUGAAAAGAUACGUAUUUUGAAAGAACAAUUAGAAAACAUUAUUGAAAAUGAGCAGCAAAAUUCGAUUAAGUAUAAUAAAAUACAAGAAAUGCAAUUUGGAGAAAAGCCUUCAAAAUAUUUUUUGAAUUUAGAAAAACAGAGAUCAGUGGAAAAGACAAUUAUAAGAUUGAUCGAUAAAAACAACUGUUUAAUUGAUCAACAAGAAUAUAUUUUACAAGAAGUAUAUCUUUAUUUUAAGGAUUCGUAUACAUUUCAACCAGUAUCAGAGGCUGAAAGAUUGUUUGCUAUGAUUCCUUCGAAUAAAGUAAGGAUAUUUACACCACAAGAAAGUGCGGUUUUAGAAGGGGAUAUACGUUAUUCAGAAAUUCUUGAUGCAGUUAAACAGAUUAAAAUUGGUGAAGCGCCCGGUC